UCUGAUCUCUGCUCUGUGAUUGGCUGAGCUGUGUGUAAGAGCUCAGCUGCUGCUGACUUUCUGUCAGUCGCUCAGAGUCUGUCAGAGAGUUUCAGAGAGUUUCAGCUGAUGAAGAUGAAGGUGAUGAAGGCGAUGAAGGUGUGGGAGCUGCUCCUCAUCCUCUCCUGUGUCUCAGCAGACAAUCUACAUGAAGAUCUUCAAAUCAUCGGCUGUUCAGACUCUGAUGGAGAGGAGGUGUAUACACUGGAGGGUGAAGAGCUGUGGUACGCAGACUUCACCAACAAGAGAGGAGUUUACCCUCUGCCCGACUUUUCAAAUACUUAUAGGUACGUGGAAGGAACUUAUGAAAAUGCUGUGACUAAUCAACAGAUCUGCAAAUCAAACCUGGAGAAGACUCGUAAUGCUGUGAAGGACAUCUCACCAGAACUCGAUCCUCCUUCCAGUCCGAUCAUCUACAUCAGAGACAAUGUGGAGCUGGGAGUCCAGAACACGCUGAUCUGUCAUGUGACUGGUUUCUUCCCUGCUCCUGUUAAAGUCUACUGGACCAAGAACGGAGAGAACGUGACUGAAGGAACCAGCAUCAAUGUUCCCUUCCCCAACAAAGACGGUUCCUUCAGACAGUCCUCCAGACUGGAGUUCAUCCCACAGCAGGGAGACAUCUACAGCUGUAGAGUGACUCACCCAGCACUGACCCAACCACUGACCAGGUUCUGGGAUGUUGAGGUGAAGCAGUGUGUUAAUGUUUCUGUGUUUCUGUCUCCAGAUGUUGAGGUGAAGCAGUGUGUUAAUGUUUCUGUCUCCAGAUGUUGAGGUGAAGCAGUGUGUUAAUGUCUCUGUGUGUUUCUGUCUCCAGAUGUUGAGAUGAAGCAGUGUGUUAGUGUUUCUGUGUUUCUGUCUCCAGAUGUUGAGGUGAAGCAGUGUGUUAAUGUUUCUGUCUCCAGAUGUUGAGGUGAAGCAGUGUGUUAAUGUCUCUGUGUGUUUCUGUCUCCAGAUGUUGAGGUGCAGCAGUGUGUUAAUGUUUCUGUGUUUCUGUCUCCAGA